AUGUCUUAUAUAAAUAAAACUAAAGAAUUUGUUAAAAUUACAGAAAAAAUAGUUAAAGAGUCAACUAAGAAAACAAUUGAUGUGCCAAGUAAUAAUGAAAUAGUUGAUGAAAUAAUUAAUGAAAUGGUUAAAGAAAUGGUUGUUGAAAUAGUUGAUGAAAUGGUUAAUGAAAUGGUUGAUAAAAUGAUUGAUGAAAUGGUUGAUGAAAAUGAGCUUAAAGAUUCUAAUAACAAAUUAUAUAAAACUAAUAAAACCAAGUUUUGUGCAACUGCUGCUAUUAAGUUGAGAAAACAUAAAACUGAAAGACAGAUAAAAACUAAGUUACAAAAUCUUAAGACAAGAUAUUCUAAUGAAAAAAAAGAAGUUACUGAUUUAACAGAAUCAAGUAGUGAUUCAACAGAAUCAAGUAGAGAUUCAAUAGAAUCAAGUAGAGAUUCAACAGAAUCAAGUAGAAAUUCAACAGAAUCAAGUAGUAAAACUGAUUCUAAUAAUUUGAAUGAUAAUAUAGAAGAUGAACAAAUUAUAAAUGAUAUUAUUCAAAGAUAUUUACAUAAUAGAUUAUCUAUUUCUUAUACUGAUACUAUACCCAAGUCUAAUUUUUGGUAUCAAAAUAUUUUCUUUAAAUAUGAUGAAAAGAGAUUUCGAAUAGUAUUACGAAUAAAUAAGCUAACUUUUUGGAAAAUUAUAGAUAUAAUUAAGAAUAAUUUAGUUUUUAAUAGUAAAAAAUCUACUAUCUGGGAUAUUGCAACAAGAUUUAGUAUUUCAGAAGGAUUGGUUAUUAAAUAUGCAGAACGAAUUAUUAUUGCAAUUCAAUCUUUACGAAUACAAUAUAUUGUGUGGCCACAAAAUGAUUACAGAAAACAAGUUAUUCAUGGAUUUGAACAAAUAGAGAAAUUUCCUGAUAUAAUUGGCAUUAUUGAUGGUACUCAUGCUUACUUGUUUGAAGCUUCUA